GAAAAAUUGUCGGAGAAUCUUUGUCUGGUGAUGAAAAUUCAACAACAAACUGGUUAACAUCUGUAUGGCCAAAUCUACGUGAACAAUUUUCUGAUGGCGAUAUAUUUAAUGCUGAUGAAACAGGACUGUUUUAUAAAUUAAUGCCGGAAAGAACUUUAAAAUUUAAAGGUGAGAAUUGCAGUGGAGGAAAAUUAACAAAAGACAGAAUCACGCUUGUGGUAGCUGCUAAUAUGAGUGGCACAGAGAAAAAGAAAUUGCUCAUUAUUGGCUUGGAUGACGUCGGAAAUUUUGAAAAAUGGAUUCGAGAUUGGGAUCGUGAUUUGGUGAAGAAGAAUAGAAAAAUUUUAUUACUGGUUGUUAACUGCCCGGCACAUCCAAAUAUUGCUGAUUUAAAGUCAAUAACACUUGCUUUUUUUCCACCGAAUACUACUUCAAUACUACAACCAAUGGACCAGGGAAUAAUUCGUUCACUGCAAACAAAUUUUAGAAAAAAACUUGUUUUAAAAAUGAUUCAAUGUGUUGAUGAUAAUGAAGAUCUUUCUUCAAAAAUAACGGUGCUAGACGCAAUUUUAAUGGUCAAUGAUGCCUGGAACAAAUUGCAACAAAAUACCAUUCAUAAUUGUUUUAGGCAUUCAGGAUUAAAUAAAAGCCACGACGAUUCAUCAUUUCAAAUUUCAGAAAAUGAAUUUGUUGAAGAAGAUGUUCCUUUAUCUUUGUUGUUAAGAAACCGAAAUAUAGAUUUAGCAACAACACCGGAAAUGUGGGAAGAGUAUGUUGAUAUCGAUAAUACUCUUAUCACAUGUGAAGAACUUACUGAUGAAAAUAUAAUACAAAAUAUUAAUGACAAUGAACUAUUUGGAAGCGAUGAAGAGGAAGAAGUCGAUGACAAACUACCUACUGCAGAAGAGGCUUUGAAAGCUGCGGAAUUACUAUCAAAAUUUGUCUCUAGCAAUAUUGAAAACGAAAAUGUAACCAAUGCUAUGUCUUUUGUACACAACAGUCAGAAUAACGGUAACAUAAUAUCAUCAGAUGACGAGUCUGUAUCGCCACCAAAGAAAAAAAAGCCAGAAGAUGACAUGGACAAAAUGUUAAAAAUUCAAUUG